GCACGCGCAAUGGCGGAGAAAAAGAGGGUGUGGUGAUGAGAACUGUGACGGCGGCGGAGAACCAACGUGCCUACAUUGAGUCCUAUCGGUGUUUUCUAAAGAAAGCACGUUGGCGUGUAUGCUCAGUCCAGCCUUCGCCAGUCGGUUCCUGUCUCUUCCUUCGUUGUUUACGACUACGAGACGACACUCACUUCCCCUGAGUGCUGGUCUGCCGACAAGAAGAGGACCAUUACUGUCACGGGCGGCAGCUCUCUCCUCUCCUCCACCGCAUGCAGCCACUGACUGUAACAUGAGCAGCCUGGAGGACCUGGUGUUUGACAACAGAGCUCUGAAGAGCCUUCCCAUUGAUCCUGAGACUCAAAACUAUGUCAGGAGUGUGGCAGGUGCGUGCUUUUCCCGUGUCCGACCCACACCUCUGAGCAAUCCUCGACUUGUGGUCCACUCUCCGUCUGCCCUCCAUCUUGUGGGACUCUCUCCUGACCAGUUGUCACGACCAGGGUUUGUGGAGUACAUGAGUGGGAACAAGAUACUGCCAGGCUCAGAGCCGGCGUCUCACUGCUACUGUGGCCACCAGUUUGGACACUUCUCUGGACAACUGGGAGAUGGCUGUGCUCACUACCUGGGAGAGGUGGUGGGUCCUGGAGGUCAAAGGUGGGAGCUGCAGUUAAAGGGAUCGGGAAAGACCCCCUACUCAAGGUUUGCUGAUGGCAGGAAGGUCCUCCGCUCCUCAAUCAGAGAAUUCCUCUGCUCUGAGGCCAUGCAUUAUCUUGGAAUUCCAACUACAAGAGGUAAAUUAGAGCAUUUUGAGAAGUCACGUGGUGAUAGAGGAUGUCUUUCUCCCAGGUGUUCAGCUGGUUCCUGUAUCACAUCAGAUGACACUGUGACCAGAGACAUUCUCUACAGUGGACACCCCAUCCAGGAGAGGUGUACUGUCAUCACCAGAAUUGCCCCCACCUUUAUCAGAUUUGGAUCGUUUGAGAUAUUCAAGACGAGGGAUAGGGAGACAGGUCGUGUGGGGCCAAGUGUGGGACGUGAGGACAUUCUCCACCAACUCCUAGACUUUGUCACUCAGUCCUACUACCCUCAGGUUCAUAUCCAGGAGCCAGAGGACAGGAGAGCCAGGACUGCUCUCUUCUUCAGAGAUCUGUGUGUGAGGACUGCCCACCUGGUGUCUGCCUGGCAGUGUGUCGGCUUCUGCCAUGGGUUAGUUUAGAUCUCCCUUUCUUCCUUAUACUUAUUAUGAUCUUCGAUAUAUG